AUGUACUGUGAGAUUUCAGAGAAAAGUCGACAGGAAGGAUGGGAGGUUGGCCGCACCAAGGUGUUUCUGCCACUGUGGGGUGACUCAACCCUGGACUCGCUGCUGGAUCAGGAGGUGAGACACGUGGUCGUUGUUCAGAGUGUCGCUCGUGGCUUCCUCGUCAGACGCUGGUUCGGCCGCCUUGCGCAGACACAGGACACGCAUGCGCUCCAACUCAGUCAGCUGGCAGACGACAUCUUUCAAAAUGGCGGCCGAGCUUUCUACGCGCAGCGGGAACAGCGAGAUCAUGACCGCAGAAAAUACGACAGAUACAUUCAUGGGCAUGAUCAACAUCGCCGCAGUAGAAGGAGUCAGCAUUCUCCAAGAUACGAUCGAUGGGGUAACCCCGUUGACGCUCACAUUGAAUCCAGUAGGUAUUCCAGGAGAACUAGCUAUGAUUCCGAUGACAUAGAAGACUUCCAAGAGAGGGUGCUGCGGUCGGUGAUUGGACGGAAGGAGGAAUUAGACACGUCCACGUGGUGCAAGGUUAUCUGCAUGGAGUACGAGCGAGAAGUCGGAAAAGUCUACGUGCAGGAAAAAGAGUUCAUCGUUGACGGAUCGUAUAACAAGUUUGACGGACAGAGACUAGGUCUGGGUGUGUUCCAGAACAGUGACCGAGAUAAAUUAACAGAAGAUAUACGAGGUGCAAUAAUGGAGGGCGUAGCUUUAAGCAAAGACGCAGAAGGCAAUAUCUGGGCGAAACGGCUAUCCCGCAAUGACGUCAUAGCCAAAGGUUACCACGAUCCCGGGAACCACUGUCUGUCUGCGGAGGUUGUCCUACAAAAGGGACGUCUGCCUUACCAGGAACAGGUCAAGAUAUUCGACGCCAGAGAGUUCAAGAGUCACAUGGGUCUCCACAUGAAGGGCAAGAAAAAGGGAAGGUUAGAGUUCCUCAGUCUGAUCGGUCUGAGCUUUAUCCAGGACAAACUAGACGACCUUGACACCCCGUGCUGGGUCUGUCUCGUCAAUAUACUGGCGCUAACUGCUCUGGAAAGCAAUGACGUGUUACAGGAAGUUGAGAUGAUGAUUGCUGGGGUACACCUGAAAACGGAGGAAGAAACAGAAGAAGAAAGUAACAAGAUGGUUGUUAAGAAACGUCAUCACCGUAACAGCUGGUCAAAGACCGACCACAGAGACCACCUGAACGCCAAGGACUCCCCGAGGAAACUCAGAGAGAUGCUGAGACGACAAGGAGACAGCGUGUCAACUCACAUGGACUACAGCUGGAAUAGACAGCCCAGUGGUUAUGCAGGUAACAUGAUGACAGUGGACGACCUGCACGAAAUGGCCGAUCAGGAACAGUACGGUUCGCAUCCUGAUGUUUUGGGGAGAAGGAAUUCUAAACAGAGGGACUGGGCCAAGGUGAAGGUUACACUAAAGGAAAUGUCUGCAAAGCAAACAGAAGAGACAGAAGCUGCCCAGAAGACAAUGUACACUAGAUACUGAAACGCAAGGAACUGAAAACACUGUACAAUAGAUACUGAAAUACAAAGAACUGAAGACACUGUACAAUAGAUACAGAAACAUAAAAAACUGAAGACACUGUAAAAUAGAUACUGAAACGCAAGGAACUGAAAACACUGUACUGAAAAAAAGAAAGAAUUGAAGACACUGUACACUAUGUACUGAAAUACAAAGGACUGAACACAAUGCAUACUAGAUACUGAAAAACAAAUAACUGAAUUCACUGUACACUAGAUACUAAACCACAAAGGACUGAAGACACUGUAUACUAGAUACUGAAAUACAAGGGACUGAAGACACUGUACACUAGAUACCGAAAUACAAGGGACUGAAGACACUGUACACUAGAUACUGAAACACAAUGGACUGAAGACACUGUAUAAUAGAUACUGAAACACAAUGGACCGAAGACACUGUACAAUAGAUACUGAAACACAAGGGAAUUAAGACAGUACACUAGAUACUGAAACGCAAGGCACUGAAGACACUGUACACUAGAUACUGAAAUACAAGGGGUUGACGACACUGUACACUAGAUACUGAAACACUAGGAACUUAAGACACUGAACACUAGAUACUGAAAUACAAGGAAUUGAAGACACUGUACACUAGAUACCGACCUGGGGCUGGGAGCAGACUCAUGCGUUAGCCGCCGGAAAUACAUUAUACACAAAAUGUGAAACAAACACAGAAAAACAAUGCAAUGAUUUCUGAUUUACCAGAGUAUACUAAAACCACAAAUCCCAGAUAAAAACAAACUAGUGAAAAGACUAUUUCAGAAACCGUGUACUUGUGUGUCCGUCUGAAGAAGGAAACAUGUUUUAUUUAUGGGACUAUCAUGGGUGUGUAGUCAUGUUAAAAGGGUUUCGCCAAAUAAAAUAUUUUUUACAUUA